CGCAUUUUAGUUGAUCGCUGUAGCUCCCGCACGACGCGUGAGAUCGACACUGUGUUCCAACGUAAAGACAUAUUUAAAGACGGACAAUAUUUUUUGAAAAUCAUAUUAAUUUUUACCAUAAUCAAUCAUCAUUUUUUCCUCCAAUUUUUAAUUUUCGCUUUUCUAUUCAAAAAUCUUUUUUCCUUUUCUUAUUUUUUUUUUUUUUUUCAUUCUUUCCUCUUGAAAUCCUUUUUACGUUAUUCACGUUCGUUUCCCAAGGAUAUCGAUUAUUAUUAAUUAUAUUUUAAUUUUUUAAUCGAAAUCUUUUUUCGUUAUCGCGUAAGUUUGCAUAAUUUCAUUUUGAAAAUUUUUAACGAUCCCUUCUUCGAUAAAUGUAAUGUAAAUUAUCGAAGAGAUUUUGAAUUAGUGAACAUCGAUACGAUCGAGAAUUAAUCGAAAACGAGAAACAACCGUGUGCUUGUUUUGAGGUAGCAACGUGCUCGACGCACGAGAUCUCUCGACGAGAAAGCGUGACGAGACACGCACAAGUUGAGCGAUAAAGAUAGAGAUCUCGACAAACAUCUGUUCUAUGUUUUCGGCUUAAGAAAGAGAUAACACACAAUUAACGAAUAUAAAACGUGAACGAAUCGCAAAGAUACAAAAUAGCUGCGCAACCAGGCAGUGAUAUGAAGAAUACACAAACCAACAUUUAUGUUGAAGUGAACGGCAAGCAAAUCUCAAAUGGAAAAGAAGAGAUUGUUGAGAAUGAGAAUGACGAAGUGGAUGCUGUUCAACAAGCUAUCGGGAAUCUUGGUAGAUGGCAAAUAUACGUAUGCCUGGCAAUUUCUCUGGUCAAAUUUCCGAUCGCUUGGCAUCAGCUUGCGAUCGUCUUCAUGGCGCCGCAUCAAGUUUACAAUUGUACCUCGCCAACACGCACAGAAACGGCCGAUCAGUGCGUAACCAAUGUGAAUGGAACGUUGUUAGACUGCACAGAAUGGGAAUACGACAGGAGAACGUUCACAGAGACAAUAAUAUCGCAGUGGAACUUAGUAUGCAGUCGAACGCAUUAUGCCAAUAUCCAGCAAUCUAUUUUGAUGUUUGGCGUACUUUUGGGCAAUAUUAUAUUUGGCAAUCUAGCAGAUAGGUACGGUAGAAAGAUGCCGUUAAUGAUAUCCGUAGUUCUUCAACUAGCUUCCGGUAUCGGAUGCGCUGUUGUACCAUGGUUUCCGGCCUUGUUGUUAAUGAAAUUACUUAGCGCCUUAGCUACCGGGGGUACUAUGGUUACCAGUUAUGUCAUUUGUAUGGAGAUUGUUGGAACAAAAUGGCGAGCAGCCAUUACAGUACUUUAUCAAAUUCCAUUUAGUUUGGGUCACAUGUCAUUGGCCGGUCUAGCAUAUUAUUUCCGUCAUUGGCAACAUCUUCAAAUCGCUAUCACGCUACCCUCUGUCAUUCUUCUAAGUUAUUGGUGGAUCGUGCCCGAAUCUCCUAGAUGGUUGCUCGCUUUUGGAAAACAACGAGCAGCUUGUAAAAUUCUGCAGAAGGCGGCCAAUAUUAACAAUAUAAAAAAUAAAGACAUUCCAAACAUGGUCAAACAACAUUGUUUGCAUCAGAACUCGAAGCGAUCGGAUUUCGAUUACAAAGCGUCGUUUCUCGAUUUGUUUCGUACGCCUAAUAUGAGGAUAAAAUCUUUGUCGAUUUUCUUCAAUUGGAUCGUUUGCGGGAUGGGUUUAUUCGGAAUGUCCCAAUACAUAGGUCAAGUCGGUGGUAAUAUUUUUGUCAAUUUCACUGUUUCUGGAGCAAUUCAAAUACCUGGGAAUUUCGUUGCAUGGUGGGCAAUGAACAAACUUGGAAGAAGAAUUACGUUAAUUUGCAGCAAUUCGAUCGCUGGGAUUUCCGCUCUUUUACUCAUCAUUGUUUCAAAUGAUAUCGAAUGGCUUCGAUUAAUUCUAGUUUGUCUCGGCAUUGUUGGCAUGUCAGUCUCUUUCACUACAGUUUAUCUAUUUUCCGGUGAAUUGUUUCCUACGGUUGUUAGAAACAUCGGUGUGGGUACCAGCAGUAUGUGUGCUAGGAUAGGUUCCAUCACAGCACCUUUCGUGGUAUCUCUGGAUCAUAUUCAAACUUGGCUCCCACCUGCAUGUUUUGGAAUCCUUCCUCUUCUUGGUGCUGCGCUUUGCUUUUUAUUGCCAGAAACUGUUGGAUGCACGCUUCCGGAAACGCUUCAAGAUGGUGAAAAUUUUGGCAAGACAACACGCAGAAAACUCUAUAAAAUUUCACAAGAAAAUUAUUCGAAAAAUAUGGAAGCAGAGGCGACACUUUGAACCAAGACUGCAAUUAAUUGUUAUAAUUUAUAAAUUGUGAAAAAAUUAGGAAAAGUAUCAAAA